AUGGAGAACGUUGGGAUUCCGACAUCAUCGACGAGAAGAAACGAGAGAAGAAGCAAACCGAGAAAACCAGAGGACGAAGACGAGAACGAGAGAAAUAACGCCGAUGCGUUCAAGGCGAGGAAACCUCCGAGCCGAGCGCACAUGACCGACGAAGAGUUGGUGAGAGAAUGGUACGCAAUUUUGCCCUCAAUGCCGUACCUCACGCGAAAGCAAGUGGAGGAAUACAAAACCAUGUUCGACGAUUUAGACAUCGAAAGCGACGGACGAAUAUCCGCGGAGGACAUACAGGAGCGAUUGCGACAGGUUGGGUCGUUUAAAACGAUCAAACAGAUAAAGAAGAAUCUGCGGCGAUACGAUUCGGACGGAAACGGGACGUUGGAUUUUUGCGAGUUUUUGACGCUGAUGUUGCACGAUUUGAAUUUGAGCAAUCCGCAGGAGACGUUGAGGAGCGUGUUUUUGACGUUUGACGAGGACACGGAUGGGAAAAUUACCGCGGCGGAGUUGAAGAGGACGAUGGAGAUGGUUGGGAUUCCGGUAUCCAUGCGGGAGGCGAAGUUCGUGAUUCAAAUGGCGGAUCGAGAAGGCGACGGGGAGUUAUGUUACGAUGAGUUUGUAGAUUUCGUGUUAGGGGCGGAGCAACACGAGAAACCUGGUGCGGAAGGAAUAACGAGCGAUGCGGAAAAGGCGACGAAAGACGGCGCGGGCGUGGAAUACUUGGCGCCGAGGUUGCUCACCACGCGAUUGGGGCAAUUUUUUAGCAGAUCUUCGGCGACGGAAACAAACGACGGAAGAAAGAGCGCUCGACGAAACGCUCGACGCGGGGGGGAUUCGGACGAAGAGGAGGUGUUAUCGGACGAAGAGAACGUUGUUUUAGGUUAA